GUUUAUGACGUCAUUGAUAGUUUCAUAUUUUGGGCGACAACGUCCAAGAAGCUAGGUGUGCCGACUAUACAUCACCGCCCAUUCGGGAUGAAAGAAACGCGUGUCGCGUGGAAGGACAUGAGGAAAUACUGUGCGCUGCAGGCGGUUUCAGACGACGAGCUCAAACCUCCAUAUCUGCCACGCCCUUCCCGUCCUGUGGUGCAGAUGGACCCACCAACACCUGCAGUAAGGGCCAAGCUCCGCCCUUCUGCUUUCCGAAGCGAGUCAGCGUUUAUCUCCCCUUGGGUGUCUGAUGACCGGCGCGCUGUCACGUACAUGCUGCACCCGUCCCUGGAGGAAACCCGUCUACUCCGCACACUGUUCCACAGAAAGGCCACAAACGCCACAAUCAACAAAGCCCUGAAUGAUCUGAGGAGACUGAAAGGCCAGUUACAUAACGGUGCCAUGUGCAGCAUGUCAUCAGCUGACGACAUCCACUCUCUGCUCAUAUCAGCUGAUGGGACGUCCUCCAGCUCAUCCAGUUCAUCCUCGUUCUCUGACACGCCCCUCCAUCGCUGCCUGGCCAAGACAAGUGUCAGGGUUGGGUACGGGUAUCCCACGCCCUGCGCCAGGGACGACGGGGCUACUGGGGACGCUAAUUUCAGAUACGUGUACCCCGGCGAGGAUGACAGUGGCUUGGACACGAGCUCCAGCACCACCACCAGCAGCAGUAGUAGCAGCAGCGGCAGCUUCUGCCUUCAUCUCAGAACAUCGCCUGCCGCAGCGAUUCAGUAUCGUCGUCUGUAUCCACGCCGACGAUCCAGCAUCAGGAAAUUCAUCAGCAGAGUUAGCCGGUUCUUCCGCACGCGACGUUAUUCCUUCAGCCGUGAUGCUAACGUCACAUGCUAGAUGUACAACCACGCUGAAUUGCCUCGUAACAUCUUUGGCCAAAAAAUGACAUUUAGGAAAUGGAUCACUAUAAAGAUUCGGUAAUUAUUUAGAAAUCGAGGUUUAUAUGGUGAUUUUUUCAUAUUCAUGUUGAUGUAUUUCUGUUUACAGUAUUCAAAACGUGUUUACACCAAUUUAUAAAAGAAAUGUGUUUAAGAUAUAUUUUUGCUAUCAGAUAUUAUACCUGCAGUUGACAUAACUAUGUUGUUAAAUCUAGUAUGAUAACACCAUAUAGCUGAUAAACGUCGUACAUCAUAGGCAUAUAUCAUUAUAAUCAUUUAAUAAUGAUCUUGUGUUUUUAUACACUUGUUCUGCUUUUAACGUAUAAAUGCACAGUGUUCUCAUAUA